AUGGUUCAGUCUCUCGCCUCUGCAGUCCUCCGCGGUACUCGAGCUAUCCUCAGAUACAAGAAGGAGCGUGAUAUCCUUAUGGACAGCAUCCGCCGCUAUAUCGCCACCUUGCGCCAGGUUCCCGAGGGCAACUACCUUAUUGAGGUCGCCCUCAACAUCCAGUCCCUGAAGGUUCAGGCAGACAAGAUGAAGUGGGCUUCCCAGACCCUUGCUAUCGAUGCCGCAAGCAUGAGCUACGUCUCCUCCAAGAGCACACAGUACUACACUGUCACCAUUCCCGAAGCUUGCGACAAGGUUGGCCGUCACACCCGCCAGCUCUCCGAUAUCCUCAUGGACCACGUUCACAAGCCUGUUGUGAACACCGAGCAUGCCAUUGCUGUUGAGCUGGAGUAUGCACUUGCUGACCUGAGCAUAUUUCUAGAUUAG